AUGCAGGGAUAUAGCGGUGCGGCGAUACCGGCCUGGUACACCAGGAACCUUGUGGACGCUGGCAACGGUGCCUUCAACAUCAUGAUCCUCUGCUGGGGUCCAGGACACGCCUCCCCCAUCCACGACCACGCUGACUCGCACUGCUUCAUGAAACUGCUGAGUGGAAGCCUUGAGGAAGUCAGAUACGAGUGGCCACAAGACGUCGAUUCGAAAAUCAAGAAAGCUUUAAAAAAUAAACAGUCUGGGUGUCAGCGGGAAACGUGUCAAACUGACAGCUGUCAAAGUCAAAGCGUAACAGUGGCGGAUAUUUGUGACCGCACCGAGAAAAUUGGCGCGCAAUGCGAACAAGAUGGCGACCAAGAAUACAGUAUUAACAACAUGGUGGAAAUAGGCAAGACAACGUUGAAAUUGGAUGAUGUUUGUUACAUAAAUGAUGCUCUGGGCCUUCACAGAAUGCAAAAUGGUCAUAUCGACGAAGCGGUAUCACUGCAUUUAUAUUGCCCGCCAUUUAACAGCUGUCAAAUCUUUGAUUCAUUGUCUGGAAAGCCGACUGAAGUACCAGUCACCUUCUGGUCUAAAUACGGCACGAAAGUUGACAAAAAAGUACGUGCCCAAGCCCCGAUUACUGAUAGCCAGUAAGAUGACAUCUAGUCGACAAUCACAUGCAAUUUCCAUAGAGAGUAACGUCCGAAUAGAAAUGAAUCCAGAAUGAUGUUUUAUGGAGAUAUGUAUUUCGAGUGUCACUGCUGACUUCUACUAUCUUACUUUGAAAAUUCAAUAAUAAGAAUAAGGAAUCAAAAAGAAGCGUAUGAAACGAAUAAUGGUAAGCGGUUUAAUUUAUGGACAGUUACAAUACCCAAUAAUUGAAAAAAACCUCUAUACAUUUGGAGAAUAACAUGAUGUAGCCUCUGGGAGAGAUCUUGGCAGGGAGCUCGUUUCAUAUCCUGAUAAGCGUCAAUUAAAACCGCGUUGUAUGUAACCAUCUAGAUCUUUGAAUCUAGGACUUACAUAGAAGGUAUUAGGGUGAAUUCAAAAUUUUAGGGAAAUUGUUAAUGUAGUUUUUGUCUUCCAAAAUAUGCACCGUGCUUUAAGUCCGCGCUGUACACUAUUUUUAUAGUAUAAAAAAGAUUGAAUGAGUCCUCUGAGAGUACAUAGAGAAAUUUUGUCUUCUUCGAACAUAAGUCAACAAAACCCCUAAAGAAGUAGAAGAAUAUUUGUUACUCGUUUAUACACUUAUAUUUUCAUUGUUACUUUAAGACAUAAUAAUGUCAAAGACUGACGUUUGGGAUAUCGUGAUAAGUGUCUUAUGAUGUAAUACAAAUUUUUGUUACUAACUAUUGUAAAUUAUGAUUUUUAAGAGACGAGUGAUACCGGCCGUGCUCACAAGUAGACUGCUGUAGUUUCUGUCUUUGCUUCAGAGACAGAAGUGUAUUCUCUUAUUUACUCAUUUUACAUCAUAUAUCAUACAAAUUGUGUUCCUAUAUUGAGAAUGUAUAGGACCGUGUUAAUAUUCGUCUCUUAAAAAUUACUAAUUGCAAAGUUAAAGUCUUAAAGUUACUAUUGUAAAUUACUUACCUCACAUCUGUGAUUCUGGAUAUUUUGUAUAUUCUGGAUUAUGUUCUUAGACGUUUUACUUGAUUUUUCAAAGUACAACUUGAACUUUGGGUUAAACCUAUUUAGAAAACCAAGCAUCGUGAUUGCCCGGUACUUUACUUUUAUUACGUAUUUUACUAACACCAUUUAUAAUCACGAACCAGUCAUUUUAACUAGAGAUCUUGUAGGUUAUCUGAGAAGGUGUUUUUUAAUAGUAAAAUAUUUUUAGGGAUGCUCUACUAUGUGUAACUAUAGAAAUGUAUACUAAAUAAAGAGUUUGUAAAUUUAUUUAUAUAAAAAACCCACAUCUGCCGGUUCUGGUUUGAAUCCCAGAGAUGGAACAGAUUCUAAUUUGAAGUGUGAGAUAUAGAAGUGAAAUUGCUGGAAACUCAAGAUUCACAUAUAUCAAGGGUCGAUAACGCGUAAGUGAUGUCUAUAUUGUUACAUACUUCUUAUUUUUAUUGUCGUCCUUAUAUGAAAAGUUAUAUCUAGCACCUUCUCAAUAUUUUCCACCUGUUUUCUGUCUAGUUCUAAAAAUAGCAAGCCGAGAAAUGCUAAGCGUCUAAUCUGAGCUAUUAAAACUAUUAAUAAUAAUAUUAUAUCAUGUAUUUGAAUCUAUAAGUAAAUAAAAUAUUAAAUACUUUUACCUUGCUAUUUUUGUCAUUUUAUUUUGUGAAAGCUAAUAUAUCUAAGUACAAAUCCAGACAUACAGUUGUAUGAGUACAUUGGAUCUCUUAAUCGCUUAUCACCAGAUACUUGUAAUAAAAAAAAUACUCUUAAAUUCUACGUAAGCAUCACUCGGCUUUUUAUUAUUGAAUUAAUAUUGUAUUUAUGGAUUUAUAUUUAUGUUUUAUUUUGGUAGUGACUAUUUUUACUGUUAGAAACAGUAGAUUAUGUGUUGUAUUAUUAGCGCCAUCUAUUGUAUAGCUUUAGCAAUAAUUCCUAUAAAGAUUUUUUCAUACUGAGAGAGAGAACUGUAACUAAGCGAAUUACAUAGUACGGUUUUAAAUAAAAAGGGGUUAGUUGUAAGAGGUAUACAGUGCUAGUGUUUAUGGAACUUAACAAUUCAAGUCUCAAGGGGCAUAGUCGAAAUCUCUUAUUUUAUUUAUCUCGAAAUUGUCUGUUUGUUUCUAAAAUAUUGCUUCAGAUUUACAGGAAUAACAUAAAACAAAUUCAGCUUUUGUAUUAUGACGUUUUUGUAUUGCUUCUUCAUUGCGUCUUUGAAGUAUCUAGAAAAGGUAGCUCGUAGAAAGCGACUCGCAGUAAAUACUCAUAUGUGUAAGUUUCGUAAACAUAUUUUAUAUUUUAAUGUAUAAUAACUAUCGAUUUAACUUACGUGUAAUUAGAUCGAGAAAGCACGACUAUUUUUGGGAUCAAUUCGUGGUCCUUUAUAAUGAGCGGCUGUGACGCUAGCGCCUGACUGUGCGUCUCAGUUCACUGAACGCGAGCUGUAGACGCUUGCGGCAUAAUCUAUAUCUAUACUUAUAAUAAAUCUGUACAGAGGUCAAUUCUGUACAUGAGAUAUAUUUCCAAAAUAACUAUCAGGCGGUGAUCAGUGAUCGAUACUGGUGACAAAAAUGCAAACAGUAAAAUUUUUGUCUGUCUGUCUGUCUGUUUGUAAUUUCGUUAUAGAAAACAAAAAUUACUCGACGGAUUUUAACGAAACUUGCUACAAUUAUUCUUCAUACUCCUGGACAGGUUAUAAUAUACUUUUCAUCACGCUACGAUCAAUAGGAGCGGAGCAGUGAAGGGAAAUGUUGGGAAUACGGGAGAAGUUACUCCAUUUUUAAGAUUCCGUCGCGUGUGCAGCCUUAACGGUCACUUUUUAAAAUGUAAAAAUGUCUACCCUUGCGACUCCGGGACUGGGCGCUAGUCACAGAUAAGGAAAGCGUUCGGAAUUCUUAGGGUAUGAAUGUCUGGUCUCCAUUGUCUUCCUUUUCGUCUGUUACUCAUAUGUGUUUACAAUGAGACAGUGUUGAAUAUAAGUAAACAUGUUUAGAUACCUUGGGAUUUUUAUUAGUAUGAGAAGUUUAACAAUUAUUUUCAGAUUUCGACUACCUUUCUUGUGACAAGUUGUACAAUUUUAUGGAUAUUUAUAUUAGGUUUCGUUUGGCUACAUAGUAACACGGGCUUAAUUAGUUUCCUUUCCAAUUGACUUCAAAAAAUAUGAAGUUCGCUAUACGGAUGUAUUUGUUUUUUACGUUUGUCACCUCAUAACUCCGUCAGUUGUGAACCCAUUUAGAU